AUGGAUAAUGGAUAAAUAAUUAACUUUUAAGAUUUCAAUGAGAUUGAAUGUGAUAAAGAAUAUAUGGCCUUUACUUUUAGCAACAACAAUAAAAAGCUCAAGAAUUAUGAAAAAGCUUUAGAAAAAUUCAAAUCUUCCAUUUAACAAGGCUUUUUUUAUAUCAAUAGCAAUUUUGAUUUUUUCAAUCUUAAUACCUCAUGUGAUGGCAUCCUAAUUGAUGAUUAAAAUAAUAAGAUUGAGGUUAUUGAUGAGUCUAUCAUUGGCACCUAAUUAGUGUUAAAAAAAGAUAAAACUCAAUUAUUGAAUGAUAGAAAAAGACAUUUAAUCAAUAUUGACCCUUAUUCAUAUAAAGUAGGUGUAAGGAUAGAAGAAAAGAUUCCAGAUAAAAAUAGUCAUUUGAAUAAAAUAGAUUAAUUAAUUAAAGAAGAAAAGAAUAAGACAAAGAAAAAAAAUUUACAAAAAAAAUAAUGA